CACAGAUAUCGUAACUAUAAACAGGCAAGGAAGAAGACGACGAGAUUUUCGCCAUUUCAUUUCUCCAGCCAAUUGAAUUGAUAGAGUUUUCAAUUCACCAAUUGUAGAAAGGAAGCCAGAAGAAGAACAAUUAAUCGAUCCGAAUGGUACAGAUUGAGAGAAAAGAGGAUCAGGAAGAAGGGAGGAGGAGGAAGGGAAUGAGAGUGGGAAAAUAUGACAUAGGUAGGACGCUCGGCGAAGGAAAUUUCGGAAAAGUCAAGUACGCCAGGAACGUUGAUACAGGCGGUCAGUUCGCUGUUAAGAUCCUUGACAAAACUCGGAUCGUCGAUCUCCAUAUCACCGAUCAGAUCAAGAGGGAGAUUGGCACCUUGAAGAUUCUCAAGCAUCCUAAUGUUGUUAGAUUAUAUGAGGUUUUGGCAAGCAAAAGCAAGAUAUGCAUGGUAAUGGAAUUGGUGACUGGUGGCGAAUUGUUUGACAGAAUUUCCACCAAAGGGAAGCUCUCUGAAGUUUAUGGAAGGAAGCUUUUCCAACAGUUAAUCGACGGUGUUAGUUACUGUCAUGACAAAGGGGUUUACCACAGAGAUCUCAAGUUAGAAAACAUUCUUCUUGAUGCAAAGGGGAACCUAAAGAUAAGUGAUUUCGGCCUCAGUGCAUUACCUCAACAUCUCAGGGAUGAUGGACUACUCCAUACAACUUGUGGAAGUCCUAACUAUGUUGCCCCCGAGAUUCUAGCCAACAGAGGAUACGAUGGAGCCACGUCAGAUAUCUGGUCAUGUGGUGUCAUCUUGUACGUGAUUCUCACUGGACAGCUUCCAUUUGAUGAUAGAAACCUUGCAGUUCUAUACCAGAAGAUUUUCAAAGGAGAAGCUCAGAUACCAAAAUGGCUAUCUCCAGGUGCAAAGAAGCUAAUAAAAAGAAUACUUGAUCCAAACCCUCUUACUAGAAUAACAGUAGCAGAGAUAAAAGAUGAUGAAUGGUUCGAGCAAAGUUAUAUUCCUGCUAAACCCCACGAUGAUGACGAAAACACAUUUAUAGAUGAUGGAGAUUUGUCUGAGCAUGAUGCGACAUGUGAUCAAGAGGAGAAAGAUCCAGAAUCACCUCCUACUCUUAUCAAUGCAUUUCAAUUAAUUGGAAUGUCUUCAUGCUUAGAUCUAUCAGGCUUCUUCGAGCAAGAGGAUGUAUCAGAUAGAAAAAUCAGAUUCACAUCCAACCAUUCUCCUAAAGAAUUGCUAGAGAAGAUUGAGGACACUGUAAUUGAGAUGGGAUUUCAGGUUCAGAAGAAAAACGGAAAGAUCAAAGUGAUGCAAGAACACAAAGGUAAAAGGAGCCCGGGAAGUCUUUCAGUUGCAGCAGAAGUUUUUGAAAUUAGUCCAUCCCUGUUUGUAGUAGAAUUAAGAAAAUCCUAUGGAGAUUCUUGUGUAUAUAGACAGUUAUGUAAGAGAUUGUCAAAUGAUUUGGGUGUUCCAUCAAGUCAGGAGAUUAUAUUACCCAUAGAGCACAGCUUACCCAUAGAGCACAGCUGCUCAAGUUUAAAUUAGGAAAACCAUCACCAAUUUAUUAUAGG